ACAUACUAACAAUAAUACGACCCUAACACAACAUGCAUGAGGUCGUGAUACUGUGGGAAAUAGUCACUCCUUUGUCGAGGCACCCACAUUAAAGAAGUGACAUCGCAUAUCAAAGCCAUUUUAUGGCUAUAGAUCAACUGACUUCAACUGUGCGUUGCAAGGACGAUGACUCUACGUGUACAACUCCUCGCUCUGUCUACCAUUCUCUUUAUCCUGCAAGCAACUCCAAAUCACUCCGCAAAGACAAACACAGUAACAGCAAACUGCGACGUUUUGACAGAUGUCUGUACCAACAGCCCACCGGACGUUUUCGACAAUCUCUGCAAGAGAUGGUGUGUAGAAUGUAUGGAAGUUUCAGAUGUCAAGUACGGAGAGUUCGAGUUUCGAUAGUUCUCGAGAAGGCGACGGUGUUUUUGUCGCGAUUUCCAGUUUCCUGUCUAGAUUUUUGUGUGGUUUGCAUGCAGUUACGAGGUUCCUGCUGUUGUGAUGAGCCUUCACUAUAUAAAGAUAACAAAGCAGCUCGAAAAGUCAUCACUCGUCGACGGUUUGAUCAGCUCAAGUCAACUGCUCUUUGUGAAGAUGAUGACUCUGCGUGUACAAAUCCUCUCUCUCGUUUCUGUCUUCUUCGUUCUGCAGACAAAUCCGAGUUGUGCUGUACCGAUUGCAGACUUUUUGAAACCUCUCGGCGAGAACCCGCCACCGGUUUUAUAACUUGUGUGCAAGAGUCUGUUUGGUGUCACGUGUCCGACACAAGUCAAGUUGGGAGAUUGGGCAUACAAUGGUAUGGAAGUCGACGGCUCGCUCAAUAGCACCGCCGCUAGCGCUUGUCCCGGCGUAAACCUGCAGACGUACGAAAGAACAACGAAUCUUUCGACUAUUCUGUCUGAAUGUCAUUCAAAAGUAAUCGUCCAAAGAGAAGAAGAAUACCGAUGUCCACCUACUACAUCAGAAAAGGCUGCUGCUCUAACUCGCAUAUUUGGAAGUUUUGGGCCACCGCCACCCCCUCCACCCCCUCCAGUUGUACAACCAUCAGCUGCUGCUGCGACGGUAGAGCCGACGACGGCACUCCCCGUAAGAGUAAAACGUCAACAGUGCUACUACAACGACGCCAUCGGCCUCGCCAUUCUUAUCGAUGCAUCUGGCAGCGUUGGCAGCCCAAACUUCUACAAAUCCGUCCGGGACGUAGCCACGUUGAUCGAAAACACUUGCAGUGACUUCACAUGUAAUGCUCCACAGAUCAGAGUGGCCGUGGUGACGUUCGCCUUCUCCCAUCGCCGUGUUCGACUUGGCCUACUCGGCAGCAAACCACCACAAUCGCCAAGACAUAAUCGACAGCAUCCUGACAACACACUACACAAGCGGCAGCACCGCAACACGUUCGGCUCUCGAACACGUCCGUGACAACAUUUUCAGCGCCAGCCAUGAUAUGAGACGACACAGUAAGAAAAAACUCAUUGUACUGACAGACGGUACUGAGUGUCUCACACUAUCGUCUAGCCUCGUACCCAGGCCCUCUUGCGCGCCCGGAGAAGAGAGCCUGGUACACGUUGUCUUCGCAUGCUCGCAUAAAUUACCUCAAAAUGUCUGCACGCAUGCGAACCCGACGUUGUUUAGAAUCGCGAGCCGAUAUAAUGUUGCGCGCAACUGUGAACGGACAGCGAAACAGCUUCCGUGCGUGGAUCAACCCGUAGAUCUAGACCCAAGGUCAAGUGAUCCAACUAGACAAUUUUAGACCUUUUUUUGUUGCAGUGUCGAGUUCGGUGUCUAGCUAGCUAGUCGUACUGCAGUCAGGCUGUUUACAGUGUUUGUUUCUACCGAGAAGGACUGCAGUAGAAGUUGCAGCUUAUUUUGGAAAUUUCUAUCUGUACAACAGACGGUCUUCCCCGCAGAUCUUACUCCGUCGAUUCGAGCUGUAGCAGAAAAUUGAGGUUGCAGGCACAUGUACAUGACAGUCAGGACUGGUAUCUAAGUCGAAAAAAGCGGACAAAGAACAUCACCUGGUGUGCGUUCGAUUGGCUCUUCUAGAAAAGGCUCCGUGAGCACGCCCUUCUUCCAACUUCUACAGUUCUGCCGCUAGAAUCGAAAGAGCCAACUCUACCAACUCUGCUGCUUGUUGGAAGAGACUCUUCUGGAAGAGGAUGUGAGAGCCCAAUCGAACGCGCCCUUGUGCGGAAGCUGUUCGCUGUCAUAUUUGCGCGCGACACUAUCAGCUGGAGAUUCUAAACAACGUCGGUUCCGCAUGCGUGCACACAUUACGCCGAUUUUGAGGUAAUUUAUGCGCGCAUGCGAAGGCAACGUGUACCGGGCCCUCUUCUCCGGGCGCGCAAGAGGGCCUGGAUAAGAGGUGUACUAGAGUAUAAGAGACUUAUGGGACUUCCCCUAGUACUCCUUAGCAUACUGAUAGAAUAUGACACUCUAUAGUACUGUGGCAUGUGGUAGCCAGUCUUGUGUAGUCUGGUGUAGUAGUGCGUACACACUGUAAGCGAGCUGCAAUAGAACCAAUAUAUAGUCGGUAACGACACAACAGUGGCGACGAGGACGGCGAGUGCAGCCGCGAAUUUGAAACACGGGUUGUUGGGCGAAUUCCGAGCAGGAGUAGAAAGCAUCGACGAAUACAAGGAAAGGUUCGAGCUUUACUGCCUGGCAAACGCAGUACCGAUAGGAGACGAGCACGUAGCUCGUAGGAAGGCAAUCUUUUAACGUCUGUGGGUGCAUCGACCUACAGUUUGUUGCGGACCUUCGUACGACCCCGCCAACCGCAAGAUUAGGAGCUUGAUGAUAUCAUUCAGCAACUGAGAAAUCAUUACGAGCCAAAGAAGAUUGUCAUAGCCGAGCGAUUCCGUUAUUACAAGAGACAACUGAAAGAAGGUGAGACUGUUACAGUGUUCUUGUCAGAAUUGCGUCGUCUAGCUAAACACUGAGUUCGGAGACAAGUUGUCAGUUGCGUUGAGGGACCAAUUCGUGUGUGGAUUACGAGUAGAAGCCCUACAGCAGAAAAUUCUGGCGGAAACCGACUUAACACUUGAUGGAGCAGUACGAAUCGCGCAAGCCUUUGAAUCUGCAAGACAAGAAACGAUGGCUUUGCGAGGAGACACGCGCAGACACGGAUCAACAACAGACCACGAGACGGCAUUUAGCAUGCAAAGUAGUAGCAGUGGGAGGUCAAAGACAACACAAUUUGAUGUGAAAGUAUGCUACAGGUGCAAUGGUUCUUGAUAAGUGUCAGAUGAAAUCCAGAGAGUGCUAUUUAUGUCACAAGAAUGGACAUAUUGCAAAGCCUGCCGAAGUAAGAAGCAAGGCGAUUUCAAGAACGGGAGCGGAGCAACGGCUACCAAGAAUACAAAGUACCAGAAGCAAGCCACGUUACAAGCGGAAGAAGAGGAAGUAUGUACACUUUAUGGUCCGGGAAGUCAGGAUGCAAUCAAAGUCAAUAUGACUGUAGCUGGACGAGAAUUAGAGCUGAUUGUUGACACGGGUGCAACUAUUACCGUGAUUCCCAGGAAGACCUAUGAGAAACAACUAUCUCAUGUCAAACUCCAGAGCAGCGACGUGAAGUUACAGUCAUAUUGUGGACAGACAUUGUCUGUACGCGGAGAAGCUGUAGUACCAGUACGCUACGGAGAUCAAGAAAUAGGAGGUAGAGUAGUUAUCGUCAAUGCUGCAAAUAAGCCAGCAGCGCUUGGCAGGAAUUGGUUGUCACAACUCAAGUUGGACUGAGCAUCCUUAUUUAGCUUGAAUGUCCUGGAUCCCGUACACGAGAUUCCUGAGUUAUUCAAGGAAGGAAUGGGAAAGCUGCAAGGAGUGCAAGCGAAACUUACUUUGAGUGCCAAUGCCAGGCUAGUCUUUCAUAAGGCACGACCAGUACCAUUUGCGUUACAAACUAAAGUGGAUACUGAAAUCGAUCGCUUAGUCAGAGAAGGAGUACUGACACCUGUACAACAGAGCGAGUGGGAUUCACCUACAGUAGUGGUGAGGAAUUUGACAGCAGUAUCAGAUUGUUGUUGUGACUACAAAGUAACCAUCAAUGAAUAUUUGGAAAAUAUUGAGUAUCCCACACCAAAUGCUCAAGAUUUAUUUGCUACUUUAGCGGGUGGUCGAAGAUUCGCCAGGCUUGAUCAAAGCAAGCUUACCAACAAAUGGAAGUGGAUACCGGAAGCCAACAGUAUUUAACCAUAAAUACUAGAAAGGGUUUGUUUACUUAUACCAGAAUGCCUUUUGGUAUACGAAAAGCACCGAGUAUUUUCCAGAAAACGAUGGAUAUGAUAUUGUCUGGAAUACCAGGAGUUUGUUGUUUUUUCGAUGACAUACUGAUUGUCUGUUCAACUGAAGCUGAGCACGAUGCAAGAGUGAGGCAAGUAUUACAACGCCUAGAGCAACGAGGAGUCCGGCUAAAGAAGGACAAAUGUGAAUUUGGUCAGUCUGAGGUGACAUACUUAGGUCACAGAGUAGAUCACGAAGAUCUGAAACCUACAGAAGACAAGGUCAAGGCUAUCAGGGAAGCACCUGAGCCAAGAAAUGUGACUGAGUUGAAGGCAUUUCUGGGGCUGUUGAACUAUUACAAUCAUUUCUUACCAAAUCUGUCAAAUACUCUACAAGCAUUGUAUGAGUUACUUCAAAAAGGAAAACAGUGGAGAUAGACAAGGAAACACAGGGCCCCAUUCAAUGCAGCAAAGAACACGUUAUUACAGUCUGGUUUUCUUACGCACUAUGAUUUGUCUCGACCAGUCAAGCUCAAAUGUGACGCAUCCCCAUAUGGAAUAGGAGCCUGUUUGAGUCACGAGUUUGAGGAUGGAUCGGAGAGACCGGUAGCAUUUGCUUCACGGACACUGUCAUCAGCAGAAAAGGGCUACGCCCAAAUAGAGCGUGAAGCACUGGCAAUAAUUUUCGGCGUUCGUCAUUUCCACAAGUUCCUCAGUGGCCGAAGAUUUACACUGGUGACAGAUCACAAACCUUUGGUCAAAAUUCUGGGACCUAAACAAGGUAUCUCGGCGUUAGCAGCAGCAAGGCUGCAGAGGUGGGCACUAAUUUUAAGUGCAUACGAGUACACCUGGAGUAUAUGGCUGGAGAGGAGAAUAAGGAAGCAGAUAUGCUGUCCCGACUGCCAAUGGAAGUGAAUGUCAUAGACCCUAACCAGGAAUUGUACCAUGUAGAUUGCUGUGAGAAUCUACCUGUAACAGCAGCAGAAGUAGCACAAGAGACUAUAGCAGAUCCAAUUUCGAGACGGGCAUACCAGUAUACGUUGUCUCGAUGGAACUGGAAAAGUCACAUGGAUCCAAGGUUACAACCCUACUCACGACGGUCACAUGAACUUAGCGUUGAAGAGAACUGUUUACUUUGGGGAACACGUGUGAUAAUACCGCAAAAAUUACAGUCAAGAGUUCUAGCAGAUCUUCAUUAAAGUCACCUAGGUUCAAAUCGAAUGAAGGCAUUAGCAAGAUCGUAUAUCUGGUGGCCGAGUUUGGACAUGACGUUGAAAGAAUUGUACAAGAAAUGUGAAAUUUGCCAAAGUCAGAGGAAUAAACCGCCUGCUGGUAUUCCUCAUCCAUGGAUGUAUCCCACAGCACCUUGAGGAAGAGUUCACGCAGAUUUCGCGGAGUUGGAAGGUCAACAUUAUCUUAUUAUGAUUGACGCUUAUUCAAAAUGGUUGGAGGUGCAUGAAAUGGGCAAUAGUACAACCGCUAGUAGAACAAUAGAGGUGAUGAGGCGAGUUUUCAGUUUUCAUGGCAUUCCAGCACGAUUGGUGACAGAUAAUGGUCCACAAUUCAGUCAGUAGAAUUUCAGGAGUUCAUGAAAGGAAAUGGUGUCAAACACCAACUCACCCCUCCGUAUCACCCAUCGAGCAAUGGACAAGCAGAACGAGCAGUUCAAAUCUUCAAGAGAUCUAUGGAGGCACGACCUAAAGGACGUACUCUUCGACAUCAAAUAUCUAUACUACUGCUGCAGUAUAGGUCGACUUCAAAUACCUCAACAGGAAAAACGCCAUCGAAUUGCUAAUGAAGAGAGUCUUACGAACAAGACUAAGCCUUGUUAAACCUACAGUUGGAGGAGAGAUUCGAGACAGACAGGAGAGCCAAACAGAAGCUGCAUCCAGAAAUAGUGAGAUGUUACCUGGAGAAUAAGUGGCGGUAUGGAACCCAAGACAAGAUAGUCGGGGACGGUGGCUCUUUGGAACAGUAGUUCAGAAACUGGGACCGAGCAACUAUCUUGAAACGUGAUUGGUCAGGCUAGGUAUGUUCAUGUAGACCAUAUAUUACAUCGUGAUAUCAAAAGUUUUCCACAGGAUGUACAUCAAGAGCAAGCUUCCAAUACUCAUGAUAGUACAGCGACUAUGAUUCCACCACAAGCUGGAAGCUAUUCCGAAGUCAGUGCUGAGAAGACAAUCUCAUCAACAGACUCUACCAGGGAAGACUCAGUACCAACUACUCCUAGCCACCCUGAGUUAACAGAGACACAGUCGGAACAGACUGAUAACAUGCCAACAAAGAAACCAAUUGAAAAGUCAACAGAGAGAGAAAAUCGACGAUAUCCCACAAGGAACAACAGAAGACCCCCAAGAGAUAUCGAGAGAUUUAGUGGAAGGGAGUGUAGUAGAAUAUAAGGGACUAUGGAGCUUCCCUUAGUACUCAUUAGCAUACUGAUUGAAUAUGACACUCUAUAGUACUGUGGCAUGUGGUUAUCCAGUCUUGUGUAGUCUGGUGUAGUAGUGCGUAGACACUGUAAGCGAGCUGCAAUAGAAUCAAUAUAUAGUCGGUAACGACACAACGAGAGGCUAAUAUCGUCCAGCCUCGCCUUUCCAGAUCGCUCUUCGCGAGCUCGUCCAAUUAAGCCAGACGAAAACUAGUAGUACAUGUACAGCAGCUGAGCUACUCUAUACUAUACACGGUUCUAAUUGUGUACGUCCGACUGUAGACACGUACGCAUUGUACGUCAACUAUAACACGGUUUCUCUGAUCGGUGCGUUCCGCUAACUAGACUAAAUAUUUAUAGUCGGAAAAUGUCGCUCUCCAAUCGAUCUACAAAACCGAAAGCAAAAUCUUAUUGUGUAAAUGUGGUAAAAUUAACUAGUAGCGUGGUGAACGACGAAAACGAUGUCUAGACAGAUCUAGGUUUCUAGACUAGUCUGAUAGAGAACAAUGAGUAGGAAAGAGUCUUUAUGCUGGUUACUACCAGACUACGGUCUCGCGUAAACCAGUCAUAACCAGUACAAAAACGAGUCUACACAACCACGAACACCACUAGGAGUUUAGGUUCACGACUAUAAUAGAAUGGAAUUACACAUGUAUGUAUACAUCGACAGUACAAAGGUCACACACUCCAUCGUGAGACGACGUCAUCCCAUGUUGCACGCGCGUAGCAGUACACGACUACCUGCAGUUGUGACGUCCCCCAUAGAAUGACUAGGCGGCUCGAGACGAAAUGGAGCGAGCAUGGCAUGUUGCAAACGGGAAAGCGACGAGAAAUGCGUAACAAAUUCAACAAGCAGAGAGUAGCAUUGUAAUAGAAGAAUUUAAAAUGUAUUUAAAAUAUCGAUAGAAAGCCAGUCAGCAAUAGAAGAGACAUCACGACACAUUGAUAUGAUAAUUUUAUGGGUAGACACCAGGCGUGAGAUAGUAUACCACGCAUUACGCAUCCAAAUCGCUCUCGACCGGAGUCUUCUAGUAUCGACUACAUGCAUUCUAGAUUGAACUAUUGCGAGGCGAAAAUGUGCCAUUUCCUCUCAUCGUGGUAAAGCAUGAGUAUAUAAAGACGAAAUAGCAGCUCCAGAAGCCAGUAAUCGUUGACGACUAGAUCGGUUGAAUUCUACUGUGGCAGUGUGCUUUCUAAAGAUGAAGACUCUACGUGUACAAUUCCUCUCUGGCUUUACUAUUUUCUUGCUGGGAACGACUCUGGCCUACGGUGCACGAAUUAAUCGUAACCUGCUGAAAAACAUCUGCAACGACAACCCACCUGCUGCUUUCGAGACUCUGUGCAAGAGUCUGUUUGGUGUCAAGUGUCCGACACAUGUCGAGUUGGGAGACUGGGAAUACACUGGGAACGACGUCGACGGCUCGAAAAAUAGCACCGCCGCUGACAAUUGCCCUGGCAAGAAACUGCAGACGUACGAAAGACGAACGAAUCUCUCGACUAUUCCAUCUGAAUGUCGUUCGGGCGUAAGUAUCGAUGUACAAGUACAAUACCGAUGUCCACCUACUACAAAAGAAAAGGCAGCUGCUCUAACUCGCAUAUUCGGAAGUUUUGGGCCACCUCCACCCCCUAUGAUAGUAGCAACAGAAGGACCGACUUCCGCACUCCCUCUAAGGGAAAAACGACAAGCUCCAGAAUGCUACUACAACGACGCCAUAGACCUCGUCAUUCUUAUCGAUGCCUCUGGCAGCAUUACCAGCACAAAAUUCUACCCAGCCGUCCGAAGCGUGGCCAAGUUGAUCGAAAACACUUGCAAUGACUUUACAUGUGGUGGUCCACAGAUCAGAGUGGCCGUGGUGACGUUCGCAUCUUCUCCCGUCACCGUGUUCGACUUGGCCUAUUCGGCAGCAAACCACCACAGUCGCCAAGACAUAAUCGACGACAUCCUGACUACACACUACACAAACGGCGGCACCGCAACACGUUCGGCUCUCGAGCACGUCCGUGACAACAUUUUCAGCGCCAGCCAUGGUAUGAGACGCCACAGCAAGAAAAAGCUCCUCGUACUAACAGACGGAAACCACAACGGCGGACAAGACCCCAAAGACGUGGCAAAGAGCUUGCACGAGCGACCGGGUAGCGAUCAAGUCGACGUCUUUGCCCUCGGCAUCGGCAACGGAAUAUCGCACGAAAACUUGAAAAAUCUCAAUCACGCCAGCGACUUAACCAAAAUGCUCCCAUUUCUAAGUUACACCACAUUUGCCGAGUUUAACGAGGCAGUUGAGAUCGUCGCCGCAGAUGCUGAAGUACAACUCAACGCAUGCUCGUCGACGCCCUUCAAGAGAUAAACAUGCAGUGAACGAUUACAAAACUGUUACAAUUUUAUGUGUCGUUGUAGUUGUUUGUUUAGAAGUUGCACUGACUUUUCAUGUCACGUAUUAAUUGAAGCAAAAUAAACAAACAUUUCUUUGAUUCAUAA